AUGACGUUCUGCAUCGCCCCGAUCAUCGAUGUCGUCAACAUCACGUUUGCCAUUCUGGCGAGCCGGUCCCUGCACAUCGCGCAGCAGGAAUCGCACGUCAACGCGCUGGUCAGCACGCUAACGGCCAUGCUCGACGUCACAAUCGUGGACCAGGGCGAGUCCGACGACGAGCAGCACGAGUCGUUUAAGUCCAUGCGCAUCCCGCAAGUCGUCGACGCCCGCGAAAUUGUCAAGUACACCAUCACGGUGAUCAGGGGCUUGAUGAGCAUCCAGGCUGAGCAUGAUGACGCCAACAAACCGCUGCAAGCGGACGCGCCACCGUGCUUCACUGCGUGUGGGUGCGCGACGUGCUGGCGCCGCAACAGAUGA